AUGAGUUCCCAUUUUAUGUUUGCUCUAUGUUUGCCAAUUGGGUUUGCCAUUGUGUAUGCCAAACUCAGUCAAGAAAAUAAGAAGAAUGCACAGGACAUAGAACUGGGUUUCAGCUUAGAGCAACUUAUGCAAGUCCUCAACAUCCUAUCUUUAUAUUUACUCACGUACACUAUUGUUAGCAUCCUUUAUUGGUCUGUCAUGAGUUCGGUUUACUCCUUUUUGAUGCCCUUUAUGGGGACAUUUUCGAAAAAUAUAUUCUGGCUCCAUUCAUUGAUGUACAUUAACGUUUGCACUAUGUAUCUAGUUAAAGUUCUAACAAGGUUCUCAUUGUUUCAAAAGACAUUGGAAACAAAUAGGUUAGUGUUAGUGCAUAAGUGCGGUGAAAUGUGUGCAUUGCAGGUAGACGUGGAUGGUGCAUAUAGACUUUACAAAAACCUUUGGUACUUGUCUAAAUCAUUCAUAAAGCUGGUGUUUGCAAUAAAUUUAUUGGUUUUAUCAAUGUUGUUGCCGGUAUUGGGGCCAUUCAUCUUACAAAUGGCUGCAGGUCAGAAGUCUGCAAAUGCAAUCGUUCAUACUUUACAGAACUCGAAUUGCGCAGCUACAUUCAAGUUACGAUACAAAAAAACAAAGAUAACAAAAUUACUUCACAAUUUAGGAUAUCUGUUUCCAUACAUUGCAUUGUAUUUAUAUUUUAAAGAUAUUCAAGAUUUGUUCCAUUGGACAAGAUCUAAUGGCUAUUUAACAAAGUUAAAAAAACAACUAAAGAGAAAAAAGUCAUCUUCGAAUAACAAAACCAGUAACUUCAGUUUUACUAAUCCAUUUCAGCAUUUAUAUAAUGAUAUUUAUAGACACGAUUUAUAUAAGAAGUUGUAA